CUAUAAAGGUGUCUUUAAAAUAUAUAAGCGACCCGCCUUUCCCCGCCUCCGCCGGGGCGGGACCAGGUCGAUUUGGGGGCGGAGGAUGGAGUCGGGGAGGGCCCGGCUCCCGGGCUGAGGCCGAGGCCUGGCAGUCACCGGGAUGAGCUCCGGGGCGGGUGGCGGGCCGCGAAGCCGGAGCAGGAGCUCGGAGCGCCAGGGUACCACCAAAGAACAUGAUUUUGGUUUAGGGGCUCCAGUUUCUGAAGCUGAAAAAUUCCAGAAUAAUCUCCAACUAGAACAAGAAGUGAGAAACCAAGAUAGAUUCAUCGAUACAUUGAAAUUACAGAUUGAACUCAUUUGCCAACGAAAUAAUAUAGUAGUAUUGGAGGAUACAAUAAAAAGGCUUAGAUCUACUUGAUUCCUUUGUCAAGACUUUAGAAGCAGACAGAGAUUACUACAAGAGUGAAGCUCAAAAUUUGAGAAAGAUGAUCAGAAGUAGAUCUAAAAGUCCAAGACGGCCAUCUCCAUCUUCCCGGGCUGCAAAUUGUGACGUAGAGCUUUUCAAGACCACAAGAGAUCGUGAAGAGCUUAAAUGCAUGCUGGAAAAGUAUGAGCGUCAUUUGGCAGAAAUUCAGGGUAAUGUCAAGGUUCUCACAUCUGAGAGAGACAAGACCUUUCUUCUUUAUGAGCAGGCACAGGAAGAAAUUGCCCGACUUCGACGAGAAAUGAUGAAAAACUGCAAAUCUCCUAAAUCAACAACAGCGCAUGCUAUCCUCCGGCGGGUCGAGACAGAAAGAGAUGUAGCCUUCACUGAUUUACGAAGAAUGACCACAGAACGAGACAGUCUGAGAGAAAGGCUAAAGAUUGCCCAAGAGACAGCAUUUAAUGAGAAGGCUCACCUGGAACAGAGGAUAGAGGAGCUGGAGUGUACAGUUCAUAACCUUGAUGAUGAACGUAUGGAGCAAAUGUCAAAUAUGACUUUGAUGAAGGAAACCAUAACCACUGUGGAAAAAGAAAUGAAAUCACUAGCAAGAAAGGCAAUGGAUACCGAAAGUGAACUUGGCAGACAAAAAGCAGAGAAUAAUUCUUUGAGGUAAACUAAAUUACCUUUAAACAACUAGUAGUGUACUAAUAGCUCUGCUUUCUGUAGUGUACUUUAUAAUGAAAAUUAAGUUAUUUGUUGACUUUAAUUUCUAAGAUGAUUAUUAUGAAGCAGUUGUAGAAACCUCAGUACACAUUAAAUGAUUUCCCCAAGAUCAAUCAAAGUAGUGUGUCACACUUACCUACCAGUCUUAAUCUUAAAUUUUGCAAAAGCCUCAAGGUUUAACUGAAAUAGCUUUUUCAAAGCCCUCUGGGUAGAGAGCAUCUUUGUCUUUGGUACUUAAUUAUUUAAUUUACCUUUGUAACUUUACUUCUAUUCUGUUAUGUGAACAAUGUAAGAAAGCAUAAAGUGCAGGUUUGACAAUAGCUAAAAAAAAAGGUGAUUUAGGAAAUAAUGAAAAAUCAUAGCAGAGAAAUAGAGAUAUGUAAUGGAACUUGGCAUUUCCUGCAUACUGGUAUGGUAGCAGAAGAAAUACCAGUUAAAGAAGCCUACAGUUAGUAAGUAUAGGGAAUGAGUUUUAAAAAACUUAUAUGUGAAUGAUUAUACUUAUAGUAUCUGUUGUGAGAAUUAGAAGUUCUGUAGAUUCAGGAAUGUUGAAUUUCAGUGCAUCCAUGAGUAUUUGAAAACAGUUCAUGUGAGUGUGAAAUAUGUUAUUAAAACUACAGAAAAUACUUUGUCCCCAUAUGAACUCGAAGAGUCCUGCUUUGGUCCUUCAGGGGUCUGUGGUACAUGGAUUGUAAUCACUUGCCAGGACAAAUAAUCAAUCAAGUUCUUUCCCUGCACUUGUUUUCUAAUUUCCUGCUUGUAAGGAUAUUGCAAGCUCAGGUAAAACAAAAAUGAUAAUAAAACAAGACAGCAACAACAACAACAAAGAAAACCUUGGAAAAAGAAUAUGAAGAAAAUUGAAAUCACCCAUAAUUUCAUAACACAAAGAAAUCUGUUAUUAAUAUAGAUGUUUUCAAGCAGAAAUUUUUCUGUGUGUAUGUAAGCUUUCUGUGUAUUUGAGAUCAUCCUGAAUAAGGCUGUAUAUUUGGCCACUUUCACUUAAUUAUAUACUGUGAGCAUUUUCCCAUGUUAUUGGAAGUUCUUUGAAAGCAUUUUAGUAGUUAAUUAAAAUAUUC